AUGAAGAGCUUCACACCUUUAAAGCUGAUCAUUGUUGUUUAUGGUGCUUUGUUCAUGGGAAAUUUUCCAGGAAGCACAUAUUCAGCACCUACACUAAUAGAAACAACAUGUAAAAGAACACCUCACUAUGAUCUUUGUAUUAAGACUCGACGAUCAGACCCCAAAAGUUCGAGAGCCGACGUUAAAGGGCUGGCGUAUAUUGCAGCCAUGGGAAUUCUGAAUGAAGGGAUGGCUAAUGAUAUGGACCAAGUCUUUUUAGGUAUAACCAAAGGAAAUCCUAGAAGGGCCAUAGAUGGUGCCUCUAAUAUACCUAAUCAGACUGGAAAAUGCGAAAAAAGCUUUGCAAAAUCACCAUUGACAAGUGACAAUCAGCUCGUAAAUGAUCUUGUUGAGGUGGUUGUAUCUAUUGUCAAAACAUUGAGGUACUGA